UGGCGGCGGUGGCCGGGCUCCGGGAAGAUGGCAGAGAGCGAGCGGCCGGCAGGCACCUCUGAGGAGGUGGUUCCUCCCCUCCAGCAGAACUUCAUGAUCCCCAAAAAGGAGAUAAACAUGGUGUCCGACAUGGCCAAGUGGAAGCGCUCUCAGGCAUACGCAGAUUACAUGGGCUUCAUCCUCACUCUGAAUGAAGGUGUCAGAGGCAAGAAGCUGACCUGCGAAUACAAAAUUUCAGAGCCCAUUGAAAAGCUGGUGGCUCUUCUGAACACCCUUGACAGAUGGAUUGAUGAAACCCCGCCAGUGGAUCAACCUUCUCGCUUUGGGAACAAAGCCUUCAGGACCUGGUACGCCAAACUAGACCAGGAAGCAGAAAAGUUGGUGGCAACAGUGAUUCCCAAGCAUUUGGCUGACGCUGCACCAGAAGUGGCCGUGUACCUGAAGGAAUCUGUGGGGAACUCCACCCGCAUUGACUAUGGCACAGGGCACGAAGCUGCGUUUGCAGCCUUUCUCUGCUGCCUCUGCAAAAUCGGUGUGCUCAGAGUGGAUGACCAGAUGGCCAUCGUCUUUAAAGUAUUUAACAGGUACCUUGAAGUGAUGCGAAAACUUCAGAAGACCUACAGGAUGGAACCUGCUGGCAGCCAGGGCGUGUGGGGCUUGGAUGACUUCCAAUUUCUACCUUUCAUAUGGGGCAGUUCCCAGCUGAUAGACCAUCCAAAUCUGGAGCCUCGACAUUUUGUUGAUGAGAAGGUGGUAAACGAAAACCAUAAGGACUUCAUGUUCCUGGAGUGCAUCCUCUUCAUUACAGAGAUGAAGACGGGCCCCUUUGCCGAGCACUCCAACCAGCUCUGGAACAUCAGCGCCGUGCCCUCCUGGUCCAAGGUCAACCAGGGCCUCAUCCGCAUGUACAAGGCAGAGUGCCUGGAGAAGUUUCCUGUGAUCCAGCACUUUAAGUUCGGCAGCCUGCUCCCCAUCCAGCCUGUGACGUCCUAAGGAGGCCGCGGGAGGAGAGUCGAGGCAGCGGAGGCACAGCGCGACGCUCUUCCUCCUCCCCUCACCCCCUCCUCAUCACCUUGCCCGUUAGACACAGCCCAUUCAUUCCUGCACAUCCUCAUCGGCAACCACGGAUCCAAAGCACUCGCCGGCCUUGCACGGGAGACGGGACCUGCAGCGGCUCCUCCUGCGCGUCCCCAGCUCGGGGAUGUCUCGCCAGCGACCACGCUGGGGCUGUGCUUCUCCUCUCUGCUGCGUCCACGGGCAGCACGACUGCCCUGUUACAGCUCCGGGCAUGUCAAUGGGGUUUGAGUAGGGGCUGCCUUGCAGCGAAGGCUCCUCUGCUUUCCCUUCCCCGGGAGGAAGGGGGUGUGGAGGGGAGGAAGGCACGUGUGUUAUGUGUUGGGCAGUGGUAACUGUAAUUUCCCUUUUGAAUUUCAUUGAAGUUUCCUGUUGCUGUUUGGUUUGGGAAACCACUGCGAGGGGUGAGGUGUGAGCCUGCACGUGCCUGUAGGCAGCCACCUCUGCUUGCGCCGGGGGUCUGAAAUGGGUAGAGGAAGUUGUAGGGAAGGCCUGUGGGUUUCUGGAAGCGCAGGGUGCCAUCUCUCCCCUAUUCUGGGUAAGGAAAACCCCGCUCCCUCCUCCUUCCAUCUCUUCUGCAAGGUUCCCUGGGUCUUCCUUUCCCACCACUGCUUCUUCUCUCGGGUGAAGCUGGGAACCUUCUGGGCUGUGGGGGUCUGAGCUGGCUCUGGAGCCGGAGACAAGGUCCCCAGAGGGACCCGGCUCUGUGGGAACAGCUAUGCAAAGACACUGCUUGAGCGGUGCCUGCUCAGGCUCCCUCUUAACGGGCACAAAACCUCACAUGUUCACACACAUUCAUCUCUGGGUCCAACUUGCCCUCUGCACACCCCGUUUCCUCCUCCGUGCUUUGCUGCCCUGGGGCUGGGCUGGCCUCGGUGGCACGAGGUGACCGUGAUUGCUACUGCUUGGUCAUAAAUUGUAGCGGCAGCCCCAUAGCAAAGGGGUUUCCCCACAAAGCAGCAUGUUCCCCAGCUCUUUUAGGGAGGCAUCCCCGGAGCAAAAGCAGCAUGGGGGGGCAAGCAUGCAGCUUUACCUGCAUUUAUAUACCUGCGCUGGAAACAAAAAGCAUAAAUAGCCCAGGACAGCGGGUUAUACCUGGAGAAAGCUCUUUCCCUUUGUCAUUCCCUGCUGGUGUUUCUGUGCUGGACCUUGGGCAGAGGGACCAUGCUUCCAGUGCCACCAGCAGUGGUGUCUUGAAGGCAAAUAGGUGGAUGGGGACAUGGGCUCAUGCCAGCAGCAUCACCAGGGCAGGAACGGCUGGGGCUGGGUUUGAGAUGAGCGGUUGUGGCCACGGGUCUUGACCAAGGUGGUCCACAACUUUGCAGCUGGAGAGGGAAUGUUUCUUCUUGGGGUUCCCAGGCUGGGUGUGGGGAGGGAGAGGGCUCUGAUCUGGUGUUUGCUGGGGGUCGGGGGCAGCAGGGGUCCUUGCUCUGGCACUCCUGCAGACCACGGAGGGGGCAAUGGGGCUGCCCCCAGGCAGGCUGCUUGGCUUCUGCUGCUGCGCUGCUUUACUGUUGGGGGAAAGGAAAAACAAACAAACAAACAGCAAGCCAGUUUGUGAAUUUUUUUCCAAUUUUCUUUUUGCCAGACCUACUCCCUCCCUCUUGUAAAGGAUCUCACAGGCACUCAGGGGAGGGAGAGCAAGAAAAGAGUCUAAAUUUAAGAGGCGGUGAAACCCCAGGUGUCUGCAGAGCUAAAGCAGAGCUUUCCAGUGCUGCUACUGUCCUGUCUGCUCUGGCGUGGCCCUGGGCAGGAGCGAGCAAGGAUCUUUUGACCUGCCUGAAACAACUCUAUAAACUUGCAUUUUAAAUGAAAAUGGAAGACUGGAGUUAAGUCUUGUUUUACUCCUAAAUGGGACAUGUGUUUUGUCUUGGCUUUCCUAACGGAUCCACUCCGGGAACGGUGCUGGAGAUCUGUCUCCUUGUUGGGACUUGAUGAGUCCAUCUCCGGUGGAGCAGCCAGUGCCUGGAACGGAGACCCCAGGCUUGUGUCCCCUUGUGUUUGUUGUGUGGCUUUUGGCAACUGUCACCGUGCUUUAAAUGGCUGUGCAACAUCUGGCUGGCAAUGGCUGAGCUAAAGCCUGUGGUUUUCCAAGGGUUGGGAAUGCAUCUCUCCUGGUCCUCUAAUGGAGUGGGGCUUCCAUGCAAAAGGAUGGGUGGAAAUGUCAACGUCCAUGCAUGGGAGGGACGCACCAAGAAUGGGAAAUACAGCAUCAAAAAAGGGUGGGGAGGUGCUUCCUUCCCCUGCAGCUGCAGCCACUGCUCCCUGGGAAUGGUGUCCCUGGGCUUGGGACCUGCCGAGGAGGUGGGAAGAGGCUUCCGUAGAGCUCGGUGUUUCUUGCUUGCCUGAGUCUGCACGUCUGUCCCACUAGGGAUUUUUUGGACUUUUAAGCAGCUAAUUCUUGUUUGAAUCUUACCAGCACGCUUGGGAUGUGCCCUUGUCACGUGGCGGCUGCUUGCCUUCCUCCAACUCCCACCGGCGUCCAUCACUGGUUCUCGGGGCUCUGCCCCUCUCCUGGUGGGUCCACACACGUAGCAGCACCCAGGGGUGCUCCAUGUCUGAAGCAGCAUUCCCACACCUCCUCCCACAUUGUGGUUUUAAUUAAAGUCUCUGUGUUUUGCACCGG